AUGCGUUUCCUUUCCCUCUCUCUCUCUCUCUCUCUCUCUCUUCCUCCAUUUCCCUCAGCCUUUCUCUUUUCCCGUAUAUUCUUUCCCUCCCUCACACGUUUCAUGUAUUGCUUUUCUAAAUCUCGUUUAUCUUCUUUUUCGUUCACUCUUACUUCUUUUCCUAUUCCCUCUUCUUUUUCAUUCUUAUUUCUUCCUUAUUUUUCUUCCUUUUUCUCUUUGGGUGUUCUUUUUUUUUUCUUUAAAUUCUUUCGCCGUCGUGUACAUCUUUUUACUUCAUUAAUUAUCUUCAACAUCUUACUGCUUCUUUCUCUUUUUUUCCUUUCUCAUUUCCUUUACAUACUCUCCUCCCACCUUCCACACCCCACUCGUGUGUCUUCCUUUCCUUCUCUUUCUUUUUUGUUCGUUUUCUUUUUUUUCCCUCUGCUAUACGCUUUACCCCAUUUUUCUUUCUUUCUUUCUUUCUUUCUUUCUUUCUUUCUUUCUUUCUUUCUUUCUUUCUUUCUUUCUUUCUUUCAUUCCACCAAAAUGCACACACUCUUAAUGGACGCUGGUUUUGCAAUUUAA